CAGACUCUGCGUCAUUCUUCUCAGUCCAAAAAUCGUGUCAAUCGAACACACUCAAACCAUGGCCACAGCAACGACGAGCUUUGAGCAGCGCGCGGCGGCGGCGACCAACCCGACCACCAAGCACCUGUUUGAGCUGAUGGUGCGCAAGCAGACCAACCUGGCCGUGGCUGCGGACGUGACGACGGUCGCCGAGCUGCUCCACAUUGCGGACGUGCUGGGACCGCACAUCUGCGUGCUCAAGACGCAUGUGGACAUCCUGAGCGACUUCACCACGGCCGACGCGUUCGCGGCCAAGCUGCGCCCGCUUGCAGACAAGCAUGGCUUUGUCGUGUUUGAGGACCGCAAGUUUGCCGACAUUGGCAACACGGUCAAGCACCAGUACCGCGACGGCGUCCACCGAAUCGUCGAGUGGGCCGACAUUGUCGACGCGCACACAGUGCCCGGCCCAGGCAUCGUCCAGGGUCUCAAAGAAGUCGGUCUGCCGCGUGGUCGUGGUCUGCUGCUGCUCGCUGAAAUGAGCUCUGCCGGCUCGCUCGCCACGGGUGAAUACACUCGCGCAUCGAUCGAGAUGGCCAAGCAACAUAAGGAUUUCGUGAUUGGCUUUAUCGCCCAGCGUGCACCAAUCCCGGAUGACGCGUCGUUCAUCACCAUGACGCCAGGAAUCAAUCUGACUGUGAGCGGCGACGCGACAGGCCAGCAAUACCGCACUCCCGCACAAGCCGUCGAGACGGGCAGCGAUGUGCUGAUUGUGGGGCGUGGUGUCUACACUGCUGCCGAUCCGGUGGCCUCGGCAAUCGCCUACAAGCAAGCAGGCUGGGCAGCAUACCUGGCUCGCGUUCAGGCCUUGUGAGAGGUGGGGGGGGG